ACUGCAUCUCAGUCCCAAGAGCUCCAUCUGGCCGGCUUCAUGAGGGGCCGGACACACCAGCCGGGACCGUGCGUCACGAUGCACCUCCAACUUCUCCUCAUUAUAACUUUAUGCGCGCUUCAUUGCGAUUGUCAAGCCAUGAGUGCAGACAAUACCGUGAAGAUCAGCGAACAAUGAUAUCUCAUUCAGUAGGCUCAAUCAGAUGUGGAUCAGCGAGGGGCCUCAUGAUCUGUAACGGGAUUUCCACGCACGAAAUCAAGAGAGGAAGUCAGCUUGACGCUGGACAGAGGAGCUUGUCCGAACCUGGCUGUUCAGGUUGUGAGGUGGGGUCUUUCCGCUGUGGCACAGGCCAUUGUGUCCCAGCAAGCCAGAGGUGCGAUGGGACAAACGACUGUUCGGAUAACUCAGACGAAAUCGGCUGCCCCCAGCCCACCUGCGAGAGCGCUCAGUUCCAGUGCUUGAGUGACGGCGAGUGCAUUCCUCAGCACUGGGUCUGCGAUGAUGAAGAGGAUUGCGAGGAUGGCUCCGAUGAAAGGCAGCACUGCCCUGGCAGGACGUGCUCCAGUUCACAGUUCACCUGCACGAACGGGGCCUGCGUCCCGGGAGGAUACAGGUGCGACCGUGUGCCUGACUGCCUGGACGGAGCAGACGAGAGAAACUGUCUCUACCCAGAGUGCCCGGAGCUGAGGUGUGCUAACGGGGCAUGUUAUAACAGGAGCCAGCGCUGUGACCAGGUGCUCAACUGCCGAGACGGCUCAGACGAGGCCAAUUGCACCCAGCGGUGCAGCAGCGGUCAGUUUCAGUGCAGCAACGGAGAGUGUAUUCCUCGCGGAUACAUCUGCGAUCAUGACGAUGACUGUGGAGACAGAAGUGACGAACAGAACUGCACCUACCCGACCUGCAGAGGAACGUACUUCACCUGUCCCAGCGGCCGCUGCAUCCAUCAGGUCUGGCUGUGUGAUGGAGAGGACGACUGCGAGGACAACGCGGAUGAGAGAGGCUGCGAUAAUGUCCAGCGGGAGUGUUUUCCCGGGGAAUGGCCGUGUCCUUCUUCCGGUGUUUGCAUCCCUCUGGACCAUCUCUGUGACGGGACGGCACACUGUCCGGACGGAGAAGAUGAGACCAACACCACUGCUGGACGCAACUGCAGUAUCUGGCGCUGUGCGUCUCUGAGCUGUGAGCAUCACUGUCACUCCUCUCCUGACGGAGGAACCUGCGCCUGUCCUCCGGGAUACGUGGUCAGCAGAAACGACAGCCGCUCGUGCAUCGAUUACGAUGACUGUAGUCUUUGGGGCAUGUGCGACCAGCUGUGUGAAGACCGGGUCGGAAGCCAUCGCUGCGGCUGUCGGGACGGUUAUCAUCUGGAGCAGCACAAAUACUGCAGAGCAAACCUCUCGUCUGGGGUGCCUUCGCUUAUAUUCUCCAACGGGAGAGACUUGCUGAUUGCUGAUGUCCACGGACACAACUCUCAAGUCCUGGUCGAGUCCCAGAACAGAGGGGUUGCUGUUGGGGUGGACUUCCAUUACCAUCUGCAAAGAGUCUUUUGGACCGACACAAUCCAAAAUAAGGUGUUUUCGGUGGAUAUGGACGGGUCGCGUUUGCAGGUGGUGCUGAACGUGUCCGUGGACUAUCCCGAGAACCUGGCCGUGGACUGGGUGAAUAAUAAGCUGUACGUGGUGGAGGCCAGCGUCAACAGGAUCGACAUGGUGGACCUGGACGGGAGCAAUCGGGUGACCCUGAUCGCCGAGCACCUGGGCAACCCGAGAGGUCUGGCGCUUGACCCGACCGUGGGGUACCUUUUCUUCUCUGACUGGGAUACUUUGAAUGGGGAACCGGGUUUGGAGAGAGCCUAUAUGGAUGGGACCAAUCGCUUCGGGAUCAUCAGGACCAAACUCGGCUGGCCUGCUGGGAUUACUUUGGACCUCGAGGCUAAAAGAGUGUAUUGGGUGGACAGCCGCUACGAUUAUAUCGAAACCACCACUUAUGAUGGCUUGCACAGGAAAACCGUGGUCCAUGGUGGGUCUGUGAUUCCUCAUCCGUUUGGCAUUGCUCUGUUCGAACAUUCGGUCUACUACACCGACUGGACCAAGAUGGCCGUUAUGAAGGCUAAUAAAUACAGCGACAACAGCCCACGGGAGCUCUACAGGACCUCUCAGAGACCACAUGGCCUGACUGUGGUCCAUAAAUACAGACAGCCCUUCGUAAGUAACCCCUGUGGCGCCGACCGAGGAGGCUGUGAGCACAUCUGUGUUCUGAGUCACAGAACUGAUAACGGCGGUCUGGGAUACCGCUGCCGCUGCCGAAUGGGCUACGAUCUGCAUGCUGACGGCAAGAGAUGCGUGUCCGUGAGGCAGUUUCUGCUGUUCUCCAGUCAGCUGGCGGUCCGAGGAAUCCCCUUCAACCUGUCCACACAGGAAGACAUCAUUCUCCCCAUCACAGGAACGCCAUCUUAUUUCGUAGGUGUGGACUUCAGUGCUGCGGACAAUUCCAUUUUCUUCUCUGAUACGGUGAAGGACAUCGUCUACAAACAGAAAGUUGAUGGAACCGGCAGGGAGGUGCUAGCAGCCAAUCGGGUGGAUGGUGUGGAAGAUCUUGCUUAUGAUUGGAUAUCGAAGAACCUGUACUGGACAGAUCCACGCUACAGGAGUAUAUCUGUCAUGAAGGUCGCGGAUAAGUCCAGACGAGCCAUUGUACGAAACCUCAACAACCCCAGAUCCAUAGUGGUCCACCCAGUGGCUGGUUAUAUUUUCUGGACUGACUGGUACCGUCCUGCGAAGAUUAUGCGGGCCUGGGGUGACGGGUCACAUGCUCAGUCGAUUGUAAACACCACUCUCGGCUGGCCGAAUGGCUUAGCCAUUGACUGGAGUGCCAUGCGGCUGUAUUGGGUCGAUGCCUUCUUCGAUAAGAUCGAGCACAGCAACUUUGACGGACAAAACAGAUUGUCUUUGGAUCGCAUCACUCAGAUCUCCCAUCCGUUUGGACUUACUGUCUUUGGAGGUUACGUGUACUUCACCGACUGGAGGCUGGGUGGAAUCGUGAGGGUCCGUAAAACAGACGGAGGGGAGAUGAUGAUCAUACGCCGAGGGAUCAGCCACAUCAUGCAUGUCAAGUCCUUCAACGCCGACUCGCAGAUUGGAUCUAACUUCUGCAACAGGCAAACGAACCCAAAUGGAGACUGCAGUCAUUUCUGUUUCCCAGCGCCGUACUCUCAGCGAGUCUGUGGAUGUCCGUACGGAAUGAAGCUUGAAGCCAAUCAGCAGACGUGUGUGGAUGAUCCAUCCAACGAGCCGCCGACCCUCCAGUGUGGCUCUAACUCUUUCUCCUGCACUAACGGGAAAUGUGUCCCUCAGAGCUACCAAUGUGACGGCGUCGAUGACUGCCACGACAACAGCGACGAGGCCAACUGCGGCGCUCAUAAUAACACAUGCUCGCCAAUCGCCUUCACCUGUGCCAAUCAGCGCUGUGUGCCCAGAAGCUGGCACUGUGACGGACACAAUGACUGUUUUGAUGGCAGUGAUGAGAGGGACUGUCCCACCCAGACCCCUGGCACUUGCCAGGCUGACCAGUUCAGCUGUGCCAACCAUCAUUGUAUCCCCCGCACAUGGCUCUGUGACACCGACAACGACUGCGGAGAUGGAUCCGACGAGAACAACUGUGAUUCGAUUGGCACAUGCCAUCCCGGUCAGUUCCAGUGUCCGGACCACCGCUGCAUUGACCCCAACUACGUGUGCGAUGGAGACAGAGAUUGUGCUGACGGAGCAGAUGAGCAGGGCUGUGUGUACAACUGCACAGCGUUUGAGUUUAAGUGUGCAAACGGCCAUCAGUGCGUCAAUUCCUACUACCGAUGUGAUGGGGUGUUCGAUUGUAACGAUCGCUCGGAUGAAUCUGGUUGUCCCACGAGGCCGCCUGGCAUGUGUCACCACGAGAGCGAGUUUCAGUGCCAGUCAGACGGCAGUUGCGUUCCCUCGAACUGGGAAUGCGACGGGCACCCAGACUGUGAAGAUGGCUCAGAUGAGCACCACGCCUGCCCUCCGCGCACGUGUCCCUCCUCACAGUUCCGCUGUGAUAACGGCAACUGUGUCUUCCGUGGCUGGAUAUGUGACGGUGAUAACGACUGUCGGGACGGCAGCGACGAGCGAGACUGUCCCACGCCGCCGUUCCGCUGUCCCAGCUGGCAGUGGCAGUGCCCUGGACACAGUGUGUGCGUUAACCUCAGCAGGGUGUGUGACAACACGCCAGACUGUCCCAACGGCGCUGAUGAAUCCCCUCUCUGCAAUCAGGAGAGCUGCUCUGAUAACAACGCGGGAUGCACUCACGGCUGCAUCCAGGGCCCGUUCGGAGCCCAGUGCACGUGUCCCAUGGGCUUCCAGCUGAGUAACGACUCAAAGACGUGCGAGGACAUCGACGAAUGCCAUCCUCCGGGCGUCUGCAGUCAGCACUGCUUCAACGAGAGAGGCUCCUUCCGCUGCCACUGUCAGGACGGAUACACUCUAGAGGCGGACGGACGCACCUGCAAGGCCUCAGGAUCUCGAGAGGCCUUGCUCUUAGUGGCCAGUCGGAAUCAGAUUGUGUCAGACGAUAUCCUCGCACAGCCGAACGUUAUCCGCUCUCUAGUUCGUGAUGGCCGUAAUAUCGUGGCAGUGGAUUUCGACUCCGUCACGGAUCGUAUUUACUGGUCUGACACCACCCAGGACAGAAUAUGGAGCGCUCACAAAAAUGGGACUGACCGGACCGUGAUCUUUGACAGCGGCGUGACUGUUACUGAGAGCCUCGCCGUCGACUGGGUUGGCAGAAACCUUUACUGGACGGACUAUAUUUUGGAGACCGUAGAGGUGUCCAAACUGGACGGGUCUCACAGAACAGUGCUGAUUAGUGAAAACGUGACCAAUCCAAGGGGUCUGGUCGUGGACCCUAGAAACAACACACAUCUGAUGUUUUGGACGGACUGGGGCAGAAAUCCUCGUAUCGAGAGAGCCAGCAUGGAUGGGAAAUUAAGGACCACAAUCAUCAGCAGCAAACUUUAUUGGCCCAAUGGCUUAACCAUCGACUACCCCAACAACCUGCUUUACUUUGCAGACGCUUACUUAGACUUUAUCGACUACUGUGAUUACGAUGGAAAGAACCGGAAACAAGUGUUGGCCAGUGAUUUGGUACUGCAACAUCCCCACGCAAUUACCAUUUUUGAGGAUUUUGUCUAUUGGACCGACAGAUACGUCAACCGCGUGAUCCGGGCCAACAAAUGGCACGGUCAGAACCAGACGGUGAUGCUGUAUAAUCUGCCCCAGCCCAUGGGUCUGGUGGCACUUCAUCCGGCCCGACAGCCUGCAGGUUAUAACCCCUGUGACCCCCGUUCGAGCCCCUGCACUCACAUCUGUCUCCUGUCAGCCGUCGCUCCCAGGUUCUACUCCUGUGCCUGUCCGUCUGGAUGGACCCUCGCCGCUGACCAGUUCACUUGCGCUAGAGUUGAGGACCCGUUCCUGGUGGUGGUGAGAGACAGCAUCAUUUACGGCAUCCCGCUCAAUCCAAACGACAAAAGCAAUGACGCCAUGGUGCCGGUCGCCGGGCUGCUGAACGGAUAUGAUGUUGACUUUGAUGAUGCUGAGCAGACGAUCUAUUGGGUGGAACAUCCGGGGGAGAUUCAUCGAGUAAAGUCAGAUGGUACCAACAGAACUGAGUUCGCACCAGCAGCCAUCCUGGGCUCUCCGGUCGGACUAGCUCUGGACUGGAUGUCUCAGAACCUGUACUACUCCAACCCUGCGUCGCAGUCUAUAGAGGUUCUCAGGCUAAAAGGAGAGAUUCAGUACAGAAAGACUCUCAUCACAAACAACGGCUCACCUACCGGUGCAGGAGCUCCCGUUGGCAUCGCGGUGGAUCCGGCACGUGGAAAGAUGUACUGGACAGAUCAGGGAACCGAGAGCGGGAUCCCGGCAAAGGUGGCAUCGGCAGAUAUGGACGGCUCCAACGCGGCCAUCCUCUUCACCCAUAAUCUGGAACACGUGGAGUUCAUAACCAUCGACAUCAGAGAGAACAAGCUCUACUGGGCCGUAACAGGGACCGGCGUGAUCGAGCGCGGUGCCGAUGGAUCAAACCGUAUCACUAUGGUGAAUGGACUGUCCCAUCCGUGGGGUGUAGCCGUAUACGACUCCUACCUGUACUUCACGGAUCGAGACUUUGAGGUGAUCGAACGCGUCGAUAAAGCCACGGGACUCAACCGGGUCGUAAUGCGGGAUAACGUGGCCGGUCUCAGAGUACUCAAAGUGCACCACAGAGACUCCUCGGUAGGCUCGUCUAACGGCUGCAGUAAUAACGUGGGGACGUGCGAGCAGUUGUGUCUGCCUCGACCCGGCGGCCUUUUCAGCUGCGCCUGUGCGACCGGCUUCAAACUCAGCGCUGAUAACAGAACCUGUUCUCCAUACCAGUCCUACGUGGUGAUCUCUAUGCUCACUGCUAUCAAGGGCUUCAGUCUGGAGGGAGCAGAUCACUCCGAGUCUAUGGUGCCUGUUGCAGGCAGAGGCCGCAAUGCUCUUCAUGUAGACGUGCACAUGCCCUCCGGUUUUAUUUACUGGUGUGACUUCAGCAGCACCGUGGCGUCUCAGAACGGAGUGCGCAGGAUCAAACCGGACGGAUCCGGUUUCCGCAGCAUUGUCACUUCUGGAAUCGGACGUAAUGGCAUACGGGGCAUUGCUGUGGACUGGGCCGCAGGAAACCUCUAUUUCACCAACGCCUUCUUGACCGAGACCUACAUUGAAGUGAUUCGCCUCAAUACCACGUUCCGUCGUGUCCUUCUAAAGACCCAAGUAGACAUGCCUCGUCAUAUUGUGGUGGACCCCAUGAGCAGAUACCUCUUUUGGGCCGACUACGGGCAGACCCCUAAAAUCGAGCGAGCCUUCCUAGACGGGACCAACAGGACCGUGCUGGUUUCCUCAGGCAUAGUCACCCCCAGAGGCCUGGCUUUAGACCACAGAGAUGGAUACAUCUACUGGGUGGACGAUUCCCUGGACAUGAUCGCACGAGUCCGGCCCGAGGGGGGCGAGACGGAGGUUGUGCGCUACGGGAGCCGCUAUCCGACUCCGUACGGCGUCACCGUGUUCGAGGGGAAUGUGAUCUGGGUGGACAGAAACCUGAAGAAAGUCUUCCAAGCCAGCAAACAGCCGGGUGCUACCGACCAGCCGCUCGUGAUCCGAGACAACAUCAACAUGCUGCGGGACGUCACCAUCUUCGACCGGAGGAUGCAGCCUAGUUCGGCCCAAGAGCUCAAUAACAACCCCUGCUUGGAGUCUAACGGCGGCUGCGCUCACUUCUGCUUCGCCAUCCGAGGCUCUCAGACGAGGAAGUGUUCGUGCGCCUUCGGGAAUCUGGCCGCGGAUAGCAGCAGCUGUGUUGUAUCCCGAGACGACUACCUUAUUUAUACCACAGAAAGCACUGUGCGCUCUCUGCGGCUGGAUCCCGAGGAUCAUUCGCUGCCCUUUCCCGUGGUGAACGUGCCCCGGACUUCGGUAGCCCUUGAUUUCGACCGGUUGGACGGCAGGAUCUAUUUCACCCAGAGCUCGGGAGCGGGCCAGAGCAAGAUUAGCUUCAUUACUUUGGCUUCGCCUACCUCUCCUGCGACGGAGGUGGCCUCAGAUCUGGGAGCUCCUGAUGGCAUUGCCUAUGAUUGGAUCAAUAAGAGGAUCUAUUACAGUGACUACAUUAACCAGAGCAUCAGCUCCAUGGCCGUGGAUGGGUCUCAGAGGACCGUUGUAGCCCAGGUGCCCAGACCCAGAGCCAUCAUGCUGGAUCCGUGUAGAGGGUAUAUGUACUGGACCGACUGGGGAACCAAUGCAAAGAUAGAGCGUGCAACUCUGGGAGGAAACUUCAGGACAGAGAUCGUCAACACUAGUCUGGUUUGGCCAAAUGGUCUGACGCUGGACUAUGAUGAUCAAAGACUGUACUGGGCAGAUGCCAGCCUACAGAAGAUCGAGAGAUGCUCACUCACCGGCGCUAACCGCGAGGUCAUCGUAAGCACCGCCAUCUACCCGUUCGCGAUGACGGUCUACGGUCAGCGUAUCUACUGGACGGACUGGAACACACGCAGCAUCUACCGUGCAAACAAGUACGACGGCUCCGACCAGAGAGUGAUGCUACAAAACCUUCCCUCCCGGCCCAUGGACAUCCAUGUGCUCUCCAACAGCAAACAGCAGCAGUGCAGCAGUCCCUGCGAACAGUUCAACGGUGGAUGCAGCCAUAUUUGCACUCCAGGUCCUCAGGGAGCGGAGUGUCAGUGUCCCUCUGAGGGCCGCUGGUAUCUGGCCGACAACAAACACUGUAUCCCUGACAAUGGCACACGCUGUCAGUCGGGACAGUUCACCUGCAUGAACGGCCGCUGCAUCCGUGCCCAGUGGAAAUGCGACAACGACGACGACUGCGGGGACGGCAGCGACGAGCUCGAGCGGGUCUGCGCAUUUCACACCUGCGAGCCCACCAUGUUCACGUGUGGAAAUGGCCGUUGCGUGCCGUAUCACUACCGCUGCGAUCAUUAUAAUGACUGCGGGGAUAACAGCGACGAGACCCGCUGCAAUUUCCGCCCCUGCGACCCCAACACCGAGUUCACCUGCAACAACGGCCGCUGCAUCGCACGGGAAUACGUCUGCAACGGUAUAAACAACUGCUACGACAAUGGGACCUCGGAUGAGCAGAACUGCACUGAGAGGACAUGUCAGCCGGAGCACACCAAAUGCCAGACCACCAACAUCUGCAUCCCGCGCUCGUACCUGUGUGAUGGAGAUAAUGAUUGUGGUGACAACAGUGAUGAGAGCCCAACACAUUGUGCCACAUCCACAUGUUCCCAGAACGAGUUCCGCUGCUCGAGCGGACGCUGUAUUCCCGGACACUGGUACUGUGAUGGAGGUACAGACUGCAAUGAUGGGUCUGAUGAGCCCGUUACCUGUACCACCGUGGUGAGGACCUGCAACUCGGACCAGUUCCGCUGCGAUGACGGAAGGUGCAUCGCCUCGUCCUGGAUCUGUGAUGGAGACAACGACUGCGGGGACAUGAGCGACGAGGACGAGAGACACACCUGUGCAAACCGUACCUGCUCUCCUCAGGAGUUCACCUGUGUAAAUAACAGGCCUCCUCAGAGGAAGUGCAUCCCGCGGGACUGGGUGUGUGACGGAGACGCAGAUUGUUCGGACGCUUUCGAUGAGCACCAGAACUGCACUCGCAGAUCCUGCUCCGCCAACGAGUUCACCUGCAGCAAUGGCCUCUGCAUCCGCAACUCCUACAGGUGCGACCGUCGCAGUGAUUGCGGAGACAGCAGCGACGAGCAGGGCUGCACCUAUCAGCCGUGCCAACAGCACCAGUUCACCUGUCAGAACGGCCGCUGCGUCUCGCAGGAUUUCAUCUGCGACGGGGACAACGACUGCGGGGAUGAAUCGGACGAGCUGGAUCACCUGUGCAGGACUCCAGCGCCCACCUGCCCGCCCGGAAACUUCCGCUGUGACAACGGAAACUGCGUUCCUUUCAGCGCGGUGUGCGACCGCAACGACGACUGCAACGACAACAGUGAUGAGAAGGGCUGCGGCAUCAACGAGUGCACAGACCCAUCCAUGCACCACUGCGACCACAACUGCACCGACACUCCCACCAGCUUCAUCUGCACCUGUCGCCACGGUUACCGCCUCAUGUCCGACAGCAAGACGUGCGACGAUGUGGACGAGUGCUCGGCGACGCCCAGCGUCUGCAGCCAGGUCUGCGAGAACACCAUGGGCUCGUACGUGUGCAAGUGCGCCCCGGGCUACCUCCGCGAGCCCGACGGCCGCAGCUGCAGGCAGAACAGCAACAUCAGCCCCUACCUGAUCUUCAGCAACCGCUACUACCUGCGCAACCUCUCCACGGACGGAGAGGCCUACUCGCUGAUCCUGCAGGGCCUCACUAGCGCGGUGGCGCUGGACUUCGAUCGGGUGGACAGGCGCUUGUACUGGAUCGACGUGGGCCGGAGGGUGUUGGAGCGGAUGUUUUUUAACGGGACGGGGCGAGAGGUGGCGGUCAACGGCAUCCUGCACGGCGAGGGCCUGGCGGUGGACUGGGUCGGGAGGAAGCUGUACUGGGUCGACAGCUUUCUCGACUGCAUGAAGGUGUCGGAGCUGGACGGGCGCUUUGAGAGGAAGUUAGCGGAGCACUGCGUGGAUGCUAAUAAUACGUACUGCUUUGAGAAUCCCAGAGCCAUCGUUCUGCAUCCUAAGUUUGGAUAUGUGUACUGGACUGACUGGGGAGACAAAGCCUUCAUUGGACGUGUCGGGAUGGAUGGGAAUAACAAGUCGGCCAUCAUCACUACUAAGAUCGAGUGGCCCAACGGUCUCACUAUUGACUACACCAAUGACAAGCUUUACUGGUCUGACGCUCACCUCAACUACAUUGAGUUCUCGGAUCUGGACGGGAAUCACCGGCACACGGUGUACGACGGCGUCCUGCCGCAUCCCUUCGCGAUCACAGUGUUCGAGGAAAACGUGUACUGGACGGACUGGAACACUCGAACCGUAGAGAAGGGCAACAAAUACAACGGCUCCGGACGGGAGGCGCUCGUCAACACCACGCACCGGCCCUUCGACAUCCACGUGUGCCAUCCCUACCGCCAGCCCAUAGUGACGAAUCCCUGUGGGGUCAAUAACGGAGGCUGUUCUCACCUGUGUCUCCUGCGAGCCGGAGGUCAGGGCUUCGCCUGCGAGUGUCCCGAUCACUUCCUGACCGUGCAGAUAGGAGGCGUCGCGCGCUGCCUGCCCAUGUGUUCCAGCACUCAGUACAGAUGUGCGGAUAACGAACGCUGCAUCCCUAUCUGGUGGAAGUGUGACGGUCAGCGGGACUGCAGAGACGGUUCGGAUGAGCCCUCCACGUGUCCGGUCCGGCACUGCAGACUGGGCCAGUUCCAGUGUGGUGACGGAAACUGCACCAGCCCACACUUCCUGUGUAACUCCAAUCAGGACUGUCCCGAUGGGUCGGACGAGGACACUGUGCUGUGUGCCACGCAUCAGUGUGAGUCUCAUCAGUGGCAGUGUGCCAACAAGCGCUGCAUCUCCGAGGCCUGGCAGUGCGACGGGGAGAACGACUGCGGCGACGGAUCCGACGAGGAUCCCGCUCACUGCUCCAGCAGGACCUGCAGACCCGGACAGUUCAAGUGCAGGAACGGCCGCUGCAUCCCGCAGAGCUGGAAGUGUGACGUGGACGACGACUGCGGAGACAACUCGGACGAGCCCAUCGACGAAUGCAUGGGUCCGGCGUACAGAUGUGACAAUCACACAGAGUUCGACUGCAGGACAAACUACCGCUGUGUUCCUCUGUGGGCCGUGUGCAACGGUCACAACGACUGCAGGGACAACAGCGAUGAACAAAACUGUGAGGAGUUGACCUGUGAGCCGGCGGGUGAUUUCCGCUGUGAUAACCACCAGUGCGUCCCCCUGCGCUGGCGCUGCGACGGAGACAACGACUGCGGCGACGGAUCUGACGAACGCAGCUGCACCCCUCGUCCGUGCACCGAGAGCGAGUACCGCUGUGACAACCUGCACUGCAUUCCUGACCGCUGGGUUUGCGACCAUGACAACGACUGCGAGGACAAUUCUGACGAGAGGGACUGCGAGCUGCGGACCUGUCACCCGGGUUACUUCCAGUGCGCUAGCGGCCACUGCAUCGCUGAGCGUUUCAAAUGCGACGGCAACGCAGACUGUCUGGACUUCACCGAUGAAAGCUCUUGUCCCACGCGCUACCCGAACAGCACCUACUGUCCACCCUUCCUGUUUGAGUGCAAGAACCAUGUGUGUGUGCAGCAGCACUGGAUAUGUGACGGAGAUAAUGACUGCGGGGAUAAUUCAGAUGAGGAACUGCAUCUCUGCUUGGACAUCUCGUGUGAUCCUCCGUUUCGUUUCCGCUGUGAUAACACCCGCUGCAUCUACAGUCACGAGCUCUGCAACGCUAUAGACGACUGCGGCGAUGGAACCGAUGAGAGGCCGGAGCAUUGUGUGACCCCCACGCACGGACCCUGCUCCGCAGACGAGUAUAAAUGUGGGAAUGGACAGUGCAUUCCUCUGCAGUACGCCUGCGACGACUACGACGACUGCGAAGACCAAACCGAUGAGCUCGGCUGCUACUACGGCCACGGACGCACGUGCAGUGAGAAUCUGUGCGAGCAUAACUGCACAGAUUUGUCGACCGGAGGCUUUAUUUGUUCCUGUAGACCUGGAUAUAAACCCAACCCGGAGGACAAGAACAACUGCGACGAUGUGAACGAGUGUGAGAUUUACGGGACGUGCCCCCAGCUCUGCAGGAACACUAAGGGCAGUUAUGAGUGUUUCUGCGCAGACGGCUUUCGAUCGGUGGGAGAGCAGCCGGGAGUCGAGUGCGCUGCUGAGGGAAAUCCUCCCGUCUUGUUAUUGCCUGAUAACGUGCGUAUCCGUCGCUUUAACCUCUCUUCAGCGCAGUACUCUGAUUAUGUGGAUAAUGCAGAGCACAUUCAAGCACUGGACUACCUGUGGGACCCAGAAGGCCUUGGUCUAAGUAUAGUCUACUGGACCGUGUUGGGACGAGGCUCUGAGUUCGGGGCGAUUAAGAGGGCCUACAUGACCACAUUCGAUGACCAUGGAAAUAAUCCCGUGAAAGAGGUUGACCUGAACCUUCGAUACAUCUCCAGUCCUGACGGCAUCGCUGUGGACUGGAUUGGAGGCCAUAUUUACUGGACAGAUGCUGGGACUAAUAGGAUUGAGGUGUCAAAACUGGAUGGACGUUACAGAAAGUGGUUGAUUCACAGCGAUCUUGAUCAGCCAGCCGCUAUUGUGGUCAAUCCUGGACUAGGUAAGAUGUUUUGGACCGACUGGGGCAGAAAGCCCAAGAUUGAGAUGGCGUGGAUGGAUGGGCAGCACAGAGAGGUGCUGUUAGACGAGGAUCUGGCUUGGCCUACUGGUAUAGCUUUGGACUAUCUGAAUGAAAACCGGAUCUACUGGUGUGACUCAAAAGAAAACAUCAUCGAAUCGAUGAAAGAGGACGGAACAGAUCGGCAGAUGAUCAUAUCAGGAGAUAUCGGUCACCCCUACAGUCUGGAUGUGUUCGAGGGACACGUGUACUGGACGACUAAAGACAAGGGGGAAGUGUGGAAAAAAGACAAGUUUGGGAAAGGAGACAAGGUGAAGGUGUUGACCAUAAACCCCUGGCUGACUCAAGUACGCAUCUAUCAGCAGCACCGACACAACCACUCAGUGCUGAACCCCUGUCAGGGAGUCUGCAGUCACCUGUGUUUGCUUAGGCCGGGUGGAUACACCUGUGCCUGUCCACAGGGCUCCACGCUGCUCGCCUUCAACAAGAAUGAAUGUGAUGCCGCCAUUGAGGCAGAGGUGUCCAUGCCGCUUGCAUGCAGAUGCAUGAACGGAGGAACGUGCUACACUGAUGAGGGAGGCCUGCCGAAGUGCAAGUGUCCUUACGGUUACUCGGGUAGUUACUGUGAUAUGGGGAAGUCUAGAGGUGCUCCUGCAGGAACAGCUGUGACCGUCCUGUUAGCGGUGGUAAUUAUUCUGAUUACCGGAGCUCUGGUUGUGGGAGUUUUCCUCAACUACAAGCGCACCGGCUCUCUCAUCCCGUCAAUGCCUAAACUACCCAGUCUGAGCAGCCUGGUGAAGUCCGCAGACACGGGAAACGGGGUUUCGUUUCAUUCAGGUGACAAUGUGACGAUGGAUCUGGAGCCUCAGACUCUGGGGGUGUCGUUCAUCGACAGGGCCAUGCAGCUGGAUGAAAAUUUCGCCGACUCUGGUAGGCAGCCAAUCACGUUCGAGAAUCCUCUGUACUCGACUGCAGCCGGCCCAUCAGGCGAUCCAGCAGUGAUACACGCCACGCAGGUCACUGUGAACGUCAGCGGUGACCAGGUGGAGAAUAACUUCUCGAACCCUGCGUAUAACGCUCAUGAACAGGCAGCGGAGGUGAAGAGCGGACCUGCAGACCAAACCACCACGCAGGAGUCCAAAUGGAGUUUCUUUAAAAGAAAACUGAAGCCGAGCACAACGUUUGAAAACCCUACUUAUUCGGAGAUGCAGGACGAGCAGAAGCACGGAGCUCCAGAUUCCAGCGCUUCAUCGCAGCCGUCUCCUUUCGUUCCUCCUCCCAAACCCCAGAAACGAGAGAAACUGAGCACCUACUCACCCACAGAGGACACCUUUACAGACACGGCCAACCUGGUUAAAGAGGACAGCGAAAUAUGACCAUCACACCCAGCGGGAAAAUACAAAGAAACACUCCCUUUGCACAGAAUCUAUUUUUAUAUGCGGCCUGCAUACGACAAGAAAUCGAUUUAAGAUUAUUUUUGAAACAAAAAAAAAAAGUAUAGACGAGAAUAGAUGUUUGUGUAGCCUACAGAAAAGAGACUUUGCCUUCCGAUACUUUGUAUGCCAAUUCAUGUCGUAUGAUUCUUUUUUUUUAUUAUUAUUAUUGUGACGUCAUAUUUGUAUAUCUUUGCACUGAUGCUGCUGAAGGAGAAUGUUAUGAAUAUUUUGUACAUUUGUAAAUCGAAAAGAUUUUGUUUGAUAAUAUCCUCUGGUCAGAUGUUAUUUUGAAAUAGAUUAUUACUUAUUUCUGGAGAUUCACACACACAUACACACACACACACACACACGUAUGCCAACGAUACUGAGUAAAAGUGCUUUGAGAGCCAGCUGAGACUUUGCCAUUUGAUCCGAUUGUUCGUAAAGGAAUAGUUCACCCAAAAAGUUUGUUUCUUCAUCAGAGCAGAUUUAAAGAAAUGUAGCAUUGCGUCGCCGAUUCACCAACGAGCCGUUGCAGUUCAUUAUGCAGUGAAUGGGUGCCGUCGGAAUGAGAGUCUAAACAGCUGAUAAAAACAUCACAAUAAUCCACAAGCAAUUCUCCCCACUCAGUUGAUGCCUUGAGAAAGCGAAAAAAGCAUUUGUGAGAAACAAAUCCAUCAUUAAGACUUGCUUCCAGCUUAAAAAAAAGCAUUUCGUUUCAUUUUUAUGCGAACUAUUCACUUUUAAAUCUCGCCGCUGAGAAAACACGAUGCACACGCAUCGCUCGCGUGCAUUUACCUCAUUUGUGGAGCGGCCGGAUUCAAGGAAACGAGCAAAAACGUCUGAGAUGUCGCUCAUCACUUAUAGGAAUAGUUCGCACAAAAAUGAAAACGGGUUAUUAUGUUCUCACCCGCUCUAGUAGGAAGUUGUGCAGUAACUUUGUAUAAGGGACUGACACUGAAUUGCACGAUGAGGAGCUGCUUAUUUUCCUCAAAAUAACGGCGUAUGUGUUUGAAAUAAGGUCAGGGUGAGGGGGAAAAUGACAGAAAGGGUUGAAGUGCUCCAAAUAUGCCACGCAGAGAAAGGGACUCUCAUUAAAGAAAGUCUGAAAGUAAGACGAUGCAGUGACAUACUCCUCUGUAAACGCAUUUUAAUACAACUUCUGUUUUAUAUAUCGAAAUAAUACUUGAAAUUUCCCAGUUUAUAUGCAUGUGAUUAUAACUGUGAUGUCUGACGUCCCAUCACCGUUUCAAGGGCUUUUCGUAUGUGCUUUUCCCAUCUGAUGAAGUGCAUGGGCCGUGUGACAUUUUAAAUGAUUUUGUAUAUUAAAGACAGUACAAAAAAAAAAGAAUAUUAUGAAUUUAUUCGACUUGACAUGCCGAUUAUGUUACUAUAGAAAGGAACUGGAAACAAAUGAAUGCUGCUGUGAAAAAUCAAAUAAAUUUGUUUUUAUAAGAAA